UGACGGUUUACAUUGGACUUAUGCGGCAGUCCAGGCUCGCGGAAUACGCAAUGGCCUCCUGCGAAGCUCUCGAGCUGCAGGAUAAGUAUGAGCAGGUUUCCUCGAUUUUUUCUGGGUGUUGCUAGCUAGGUACUGCCAGUCUUCCUACUGCUCUCGUGAGAAUGCAGUUGUACAAUUCAGUCGUGGGGCUCGCUCUCGCCUCGGGUGCUUUGGCAUCUCCGCUGCAGCUCAAUAACAGGCAAUAUACCACUUCGCCUUGCGCGGAGGUCAGCGCUGCUGUCGCUGCUCAGCCAGAUGCGGCUACACCUACCGUGCCUGCGCAAUUGGCAUACGAUUGCAUUACCAGUGUGCCACUGAACAAGAGUGCUGCGUUGGAUCUGAUCGAUUCCAUCACGCCCUACUUCCGAUGGCAAUCGAACACCGUUUGGCUGAAAGACCCGCCAAAGGAAUACGCUGAGAAGGUGCAAGAGGGCGUUGAUGUGUGGGGAGGCCUUGAGGACAUCCAAUCGAAGGUUGAGAGCGAAACCUUCAAGAACGAAUUUGAGUUUGGUUGGGCUCUGUACCGACUGUUGCAAACGACCCAUGACGGUCACUUUGUUUUCGUCCCAGAUGUCAUUGGCACGGUGUUCAACUGGGCUCGUCCGGUCCCCCUUGUUUCGGUCUCAGAGGAUGGCAAAUCCUUGCCCAAGCCUUUCGUCUACCCUGAUAUCCUUGCAAGCUCCUUUGGAAACGCAUCCUUCACCCCAUCGCCGAUCUCCAAGAUCAAUGGCCAGGACGCUCUAGAGUUCCUCGAGAAUUGGUCGCAGUUCGGAUCGCUUCAGGACAGAGAUGCCCUGUAUAACAAUGUUUUCUAUAACUUGGCGGCUGUGUCUAUCGGCACGGCUAGCACGUCAAUUGGUACCUUUGCCGGUAGUGGAAGAGGCCGAUGGGUUUACCCUGGCGCAGAGACCGAACUCGAGUUCGAGAAUGGCACUUCCGUCACUCUUCAGAACUACGCUCGCGUUCUUGUGCCAUUCGAUGGCAUCACGGAUGGCGAGAGUCUGUACAAGACGUGGUUCGUCCACGACAAGCCCACCGAGACUGAGCCAGAGCCAGCGCCAGUACCUUCCAACUCGACGGUCCCGACUCCUUCGGCGACCCCAUCAGCAACAUCACGACCUGCGCCGGGAUACCCACCGCCAGUCGUUCGGGAGAGGGACAAUAUCAUUGGUGGCUACUACCUCGAAGACGACUACUCGGAUAUCGCGGUCCUUUCCGUUCCCUCGUUUGUAUCUUCCCAAGAAGAAGUUGGCCGUUUCCAGGAGGUCGGAGAACAAUUCCUUGCUGCCGCCAGAGCAGCUGGCAAGAAGAAGCUUAUCAUCGAUGUCUCUGCCAACGGCGGUGGCACAAUCCUGCAAGGAUACGACCUCUACAAGCAGCUGUUCCCCAAGGGCAUCGGACAUGCCGCAGGUGAUAGAUUCCGUGCUUUCGAAAGCACCGACCUCCUAGGCCAAAAGUACUCCGAGGUUGCGGGUACUCUUCCAUACGAGCUCAUCAGCCCCGACGACAACGAGACGCUAUACACUCUCGUGUCCGAAGUCUCAGCAUCCAUCUUCAACUACCGAACAGACGUUGACGAGAACGACGAGAACUUUUCCAGCUGGGACGACAAGUUCGGCCCUGUCGAGCUCAACGGCGACAACUUUACCAACAUCAUCCACUGGAACCUGUCUGACGAGCUGAUCCCCUGGAGCUCCGGCGGCAUCUACAUCCACGGCUACGGCAACCUCACCAACUUCACCCAGCCCUUCGAAGCCGAGGACAUCGUCGUCGUGACAGACGGCUACUGCGCCUCGACCUGCACCAUUUUCUCCGAGCUGAUGCGCCAACGCCAGGGCGUCAAGUACAUUUCCCUUGGCGGUCGUUCCAAGGAGGGCAUCACGCAAGCGAUCGGCGGCGUCAAGGGCACGAACAACUACCCGUGGUCCUACAUACAGUUCCUCGCGCAGUUCGGCAUCCAGAACAUCUCGACCCCCGAGGAGGGCGCCACGCUCAACGAGACCCAGCUCGGCGAGUACUGGAGCGAGACGCCGUUCGACCGCGCUGCCAUCGGAUCCUCCAUCAACGUCAACUUCCGCGACGGAUGGCGCGACGACGGAGACUACGACUACCCGCUCCAGUUCUUGUGGGAGCCGUCAGACUGCAGGAUCUACUACACCAAGGAGAUGACGUACGACGUCACGGCUAUCUGGAAGGCCGUUGCGGAUACUACAUGGGGCGAGGACAGCCACUGUGUUGCUGGUGAUCUUGGUGCGGGAGGAAAGAACAAGAGGGAGAUGCGCAGGUCUUUGACGGCGGAGGACAUCGCGCACUCGUCGAGGAUGCAUGCUUGGAAGAGGAGCCUCGAGGUCGCGGACUAUCCUUUGGACCUGUUCACUGAUAUGAGGUUGCAUAAGAUUAACAGCAAGGGAUUCAUGUUCCCUUGAACGUAUAUAAAUGUACAUGUAACGAUAGUAACCGCUGAAUAUUACUAGCUGAAAUGGCUUUCCUCAAUGUCUAAAUUCAUCUGUAGUUUUGCAGUGUCAGAUUCUGCGUGCGCCUUGGUGAUGUCGAGGCAGUUACUAACUGAUAUCGGAGUCCAAUUGUCCUCCAAAUUUCCCAUGUUCGUCGCUCCUACGACAAGCCAAUCGCGCAUAUCUUUGCACUCCUGAUACUGGC